AUGGACCAAUACCAUGAACUUUCCGAUGCCACUAUGGAGGUCAUGCUCGACUCUCUAGAGAAUGUGCUAGACGAAGAAGCAAACCCUGACUAUGAAGUAGAUUACAGUAGCGGCGUCCUCACUCUCAGGUUGGGCGAGAAUGGGACAUACGUCAUUAACAAGCAGCCUCCUAACAAGCAAAUCUGGCUUUCGUCACCAACGAGUGGUCCCAAACGCUACGACUAUGUCCCGGAAAAAGAUCAGUGGAUCUAUCUACGAGAAGGCAGGUCCUUAGGCCAAUUGCUGAGCGAAGAACUUGGCAGUAUAUUCAAGCGUGAUGUCGCCGUAAAAAUCGACAAAGUGACCGACUGCAUAUGA